AUGGCUACUGAAACUUGCUAUACAAUCAUUCAUCAAGAUGACAGCCUGGAUCAGCCUUCACUUCAGGAGCUCAAGACAGCACUGGAGAAAGGCUCAGAGGAAGCCAAAAUUGAUACCAUGAAAAAAAUUUUGGUUACAAUGCUCAAUGGAGAUCCAUUUCCACAGCUUCUUAUGCAUGUAAUUCGUUUUGUGAUGCCUUCGAAAAAUAAGACUUUGAAAAAAUUACUUCAUUUCUACUGGGAAAUUUGUCCGAAAACAAAUCCUGAUGGGAAGCUUAAACAAGAAAUGAUUCUGGUUUGGUUGGUACUUAUUUAUCAAUUUCGAAAAUAUGCUUUAGCUGAUCAUUUGAAAAAUAUCGAAGCCCACUGCACUACUCAUGUGGCUAUCAAUAUUUUGUACAUCAGAGGUGCAACACUUCGUUUCCUUUGCAAGCUACGUGAACCCGAAUUAUUAGAGCCAUUGUUGCCAUCAUGCCGUUCUUGUUUGGAACAUCGACACUCGUAUGUCCGAAAAAACGCAGUUUUUGCAAUUUACACCAUAUAUAAACAUUUUGAGUAUCUUAUCCCUGAUGCCCCAGAGUUGAUCCAAAGUUUUUUAGCAGCAGAAGCAGAUCAAACUUGCAAGCGGAACGCCUUUGUUAUGCUUUGCAAUACGAACCAGUUACGUGCCGUUGAAUAUCUUAAUGAUGUUUUCGAUCAAGUACCAAAUUUUGAUGAAUUAUUGCAGUUGUCUGGAAAAUAUAUUCGGUGUAUCUUUGAACUACUGAAUGCAGCGUCUCAUUCAGUUAAAUACGAAGCCGCUACUUCAUUAAUGGCUCUUACCCACGCCCCCGCAGCUGUUAAGGCUGCUGCAUCCUGUUACAUCGAACUAAUCAUUAAAGAGUCUGACAAUAAUGUCAAAUUAAUUGUUUUGGAUCGGUUGGACGAAUUGCGUGAAAAGCAUGAGCAAACUUUAGACGAUCUGGUAUUAGAUAUACUGCGUGUGUUGACUAGUACAGACAUUGAAGUUAGACGCAAGGCAUUACGUAUAGGUUUAGAGUUAGUUUCAAGUCGCAAUGUUCAAGAAGUUGUAGUGUUCUUAAAAAAGGAACUCAGCAAAACCCUUGAUCAAGAUUAUGAAAAGAAUAAUGAAUAUAGACAGCUAUUAAUUCAGUCUAUUCACGGAUGCGCAAUCAAAUUUUCUGAAGUUGCAGCGAAUGUUGUUCAUGUGCUCAUGGAAUUCUUAGGAGAUUCAAAUAAUCCUGCUGCUAUCGAUGUAAUUGCAUUUGUUCGUGAGGUAGUGGAAAAGUUUCCAAACCUACGAUCGUCAAUAACGGAAAAGUUGCUCGAAACGUUUAUGGAUGUCAAAUCUGGAAAAGUAUUUCGGGGUGCCUUAUGGAUUGUAGGAGAGUAUUGUACAGAAUGUCAAGAUAUCGAGGAAGCUUGGAAACAAAUAAGGACUGGACUUGGGGAAAUUCCGAUUUUGGCCUCAGAACAGUUGGUAUUACGUUACGCUGGUGUCUCGAAGGAUGCAAAAAAAACGAAUGCAUUGAGAGCAGAGGCAAUGCUUAUAAUGGCUAGUGUAAUACGAGUUGGGCAAUCACAAUUUGUGUCAACACCUAUUGAUGAAGAUUCCUACGACAGAAUCAUGUCUUGUCUGCAUGUUUUAGAACAGUUUUCGAUUGAUGCCUCAAUCAAGUCUGCGUUCCUACAAGAUACGAAAGCAGCCUUUGCAAGGAUUGUAGAAGCUGAAGAGAAACGUACAGCAGCAAAAAAAGCUAAAGAUAAAUCCGUAGCAGCAGUCCAAGUUGAUGAUCUUAUUUCCUUCAGACAAUUUUCAAAGCGUAAUUUGGGAGAUGAAGCUGAUGAGUAUGAAUUGGAUCUGACACGCGCUACUGGCCAAAGUGAUCCGAGAGAUGAUUUGAUUUCAAAACUUAGCCGCGUUGUUCAACUAACAGGAUUUUCCGAUCCUGUAUACGCAGAAGCUUAUGUUAAUGUUCACCAAUAUGAUAUUUUACUGGAUGUCCUGAUUGUUAAUCAAACCAGUGAGACAUUGCAGAACCUCUCUAUAGAAUUUGCUACCUUGGGUGAUUUAAAACUAGUUGAGAGACCUACACAACAUAAUCUCGCGCCCCAUAGUUUCCACAGUGUUAAAGCUACUAUUAAAGUUUCAUCUACAGAGACAGGUGUAAUUUUUGGUAAUAUUGUUUAUGACGGACCUGGUACUUCUGAGAGCAAUUGUGUUGUGCUUAAUGACAUUCACAUUGAUAUAAUGGAUUACAUUAAUCCUGCAUAUUGUAAUGAGACUCAGUUUCGAAGUAUGUGGACAGAGUUUGAAUGGGAAAAUAAAGUCAACGUCAAUACCAAUAUUACUGAUUUACGAGAAUAUCUAUCUCAUAUUAUGAAAUCAACAAACAUGAGUUGUCUAACUCCAGAAACUGCGUUGUCCGGGAAUUGUGGUUUCUUGUCUGCUAACAUGUAUGCUCGUAGUAUCUUCGGCGAAGAUGCAUUGGCUAAUCUUAGUGUAGAAAAACAAACUGACGGUGCAAUUGCCGGCCAUGUUCGAAUUAGGAGCAAAACACAGGGAAUAGCAUUAAGUCUCGGAGAUAAGAUCACAUUAGCACAAAAGGCUUUAGCUUAA